AUGUUUGUCAUUAAAGUAAAUGGUAAAGAGUUACAUUUUGGGUUAAAAGAGUUUGUUGCUAUAACCGGUUUGAAAUGUGGACCUGUUUCUGAUUUUGUAUCUGACCCAUAUGUUCCAAACAGACUCAUUGCUGAAAAUUUCGGAGAUUUUAAUAAAGUAUCCAAGUCAGAUUUUUAUUACAAGUUUAAAUUGCAAAAUUUUUGGGAAGAAGAUGACCGUCUAAAAAUUGGGAUCUUGUACUUUAUUUCUUCAUUUCUGACUGCAUCAGACCCUUCAAAAACAACAAUUCCAAAAUUGUAUUUUGAUUUGGUCGAGUCUGGACAAAAUAUUGUUUUCUCUGAAGAAGAGUUAAAUCUCAUGGACGAAACCAUUUUAAAUCAGUCCAGCAGCCACCAUGAUUCAGAAAAUCACAUAUCAUCGGAAAAUCGUGCUGUUGAUAGUGAACAUAAAGUUGAAGAAUUGAAAGCUGAUAUUGCAGAGGUUAAGGCAGAGUUGAAAGAACUCAAAAUCACUGUUCACAAGCACAUGGCUGAUAUCAAGAGUUAUGUUGAUAACUCCACCAAACUGAUAAUUGAUGAGAUUCGAUUGUCAAGAGGAGAACAAAUACCAGAAGAACAACCAGAGGACAAUGCCAACCAUUAUGCUGCACAAUCUGAUCCAACAGAUAUGCCUACAGUUUCAAUUGGACAACAAGUCCAAAGUUCAAACACAGCUGCUCAAAAGUCAACUGAUGAUUGUUUCAAUGUUGACGUACCUACAACGUCAAAAUCAAAACCACCAACAUUGGACGAUUAUCCUAAUUUUACCAUGAUACAAAUAAUUGCACUUGAUCCGAUUCUUAAUGCCACCACGACUCCAAAUGUGCGAACAAGACACAAGAAUGUGGGAAAAUACGAUUCUUCUCCUUAUAUCAGAAUGUCGGAAGGAGAAAGCAGUUCAAAUAGAGUAUCUACAUUCUUUCAAAUCAAACAUCCAUUCCAAAAUCACAAUGGUUUUGAUGUUCCAGUUGAAGUGAUUGAGGAGUUCAAUAAAUGGAUUUUCAAAGAUGUGUCAAGCAGGUGUGGCAGGUAA